CGUCACAAAUAAAUCAAAAUGUAAUAGAAGAUGUACUAUCAAAUUCUCUUUAUAAACGUGACAUAUCGUCAGACACAGUAGACACAGGCGAUUCAACACAAUUACCAGCAGAAGCACCAACAGAAGCACCAACAGAAGCACCAACAGAAGCACCAACAGAAGCAUCAACACAAACACCAACACAAGUACCAACACCGGAACCAGCUCCAGCUCUUCCAGGAACGCAAUUACAAAUGCCACUAGUAGUUGGCCCAGCUGUAGCUUCUUCGAUUCUGGCACUGUGUGCUAUAGCAGUAUUAGGGGGUGGCAUAAGGAGAGUAUUUGCCCAGAAAGAGGCAAGUGUAAAUGUUAUGACAAUUGGUGAAAGCAGUGAAGAAUUUGCGUCUGUGAAGAUAGAGCCUAUGCCUAUUCAUCAAACUUCCACACAGCAAUAUACAUAUAUAUAA